AUGCCUCGAACUUCCAUACACUGGGUUGAGGACAUGUCCCACAACGACACCUUGACCCUCACAAAGCUUCUAAGGCUGCCAGAAAGAUUACAAGUUGAGGAAAACUGGCUCGUAAGGCAAGAGAAGAAGAUUGUAUACUUACCAACCCACUUGAAAAGGUCAAGGGCUCUUAUCCCACGCCUGGUCGAGAAGUUUACCAGCCCCAGCACCAAAGCAAUUCUCUGCCCGAGCCACAGGUGCCUCGAUCCACAGCUCAUCCGUCGAUUGUUUCUUUCCAUAGUCGACGAGUGCACAACCCGAGUUCGCCGCUUCACGGACUCCCCUCCAUCAGACCGCGAUAUCAGGGCGUGGUUGACUCGAGUUAAGACUAUCAACUCGCUUUGGACGCAACCAAUACUAUAUCGUUACCUUUUCAACGCAAACCCAGGUGAUCCGGAGUUUGAAUAUACCCACAGCGAGUGCGAAGCAUGUAUUCUUGCCACAAUAGGGGGAAACACGACGAUGCUCGCUGAUCUACGGAUCUGUGCCAUCACUCGCAGGACGAACCACGGACCAACCCCCCGCAUUAUCAGAAUCCUCGAUGGCUGGCUGUAUUGGACAGGGAUGGCUGAAACCAUCAGAGCUGAAUCCGAUCCGUUAUAUUUGAAGGUUAGGAACGCGCGCCGUGGAAGGCCGAUAACUCAAAGUUAUGACUCGCACGCAAUGCCGGAAACUAUCAACGACAGGAGAGAUGGCACGAGAGAUUACAAGAGAGACGACAGGAGAGAUAACAGGAGUGAGGACAGGAGAGAUGACAAGGGUGAUGACAGGAGAGAUCAGCGAAUACCUGAAUCGACUGAUGCAGACAUCAUCGGUUUCUACCUCAACCGACUAUCACGAAUGUCUCGCACUCACCAGAGAUCCGGGCGGCCGAACAACGACAGCACUCACAGCCUUCAUCCAGCCUUUCGCGACAACAUUGUUUUUGACGCCUCAACUGGAAUAUACGGCCAACGCCAGGAAGACGACAUCCCCCUAGUCCCAAGUAUACCCAGCAUAAUACCGGAACCAAAGCGGCAGCCCCCUAUGGCCAGUAGCAGCUAUAGUCGUGCUGGUUCUGGCGUGGGAUUUUCAAACAGUACAUCGAAAAUGACAGAAUGGCGCCAUGACGACUACGCUGAACAGCGCUCGGAAGCAUAUCGCAAACUAGUCACCCGAGACAGCGAAGUCACACAAGACAGCAAAGAGAUGGAGUGGCUCCAGCAGUAUCCGUGGACCUGAGGCGAUAGCUCGUCACCGUGCCAAAACAUAUCGAAAACUAGAAGAAUUUAAGGG